AAUCCAAGUACAUUGUAUUUUGUAAAACAAAUAAACUAUAUUUUUUUAUUGACAAUCAGGGUGUUUCCAGUCCGGCACUAAUGGUGUCUCCCUCCUUUUGGAAUAGUUUCCCUCUUAACUUUCCACAAACCUUAGAAGCACUAAAGUAUAAUCACUGCUUGCCCAUGUUACUCUGUCAGCCGACUCAGCCGUACCUUCUCCUCUCUCAAGUAGAAGUCUCUGCAACUUUUUCAAAUGUUUGUUGGAGAAGGUAUUUCCGCCACUCUAACGAACUCUAGAGCUCUAAAGCAACAACUUUUUUCUCUCCUGCAAAACUGUAACACCCUUAGAACGCUCACCCAAAUUCACACCCAGGUUCUUGUUAAUGGUUUUUCACAGAAGAAUUUCAUCCUUGUAAAGAUCAUAUCUUUCUACAUAGCAUUUGGUAAUGUCUUACAUGCACAAAGAGCUUUUGAGAAAAUCCAAUGCCCAACUACAACCAUCUGGAACCAGAUGUUACAAGGCCAUGCUAGGAGUGGAAACCCGCGAAAAUCAGUUGAAUUGUAUGCUCGCAUGGUUGCAGCAGGAGCUGUGCCUGAUGGGUUUACGUAUUCGUUUCUCUUGAGUGCAUGUGCUAGGUCCGGAUUGGUGAGAGAGGGUGAACAACUUCAUGGAAGAAUUCUGGUACAUGGGUUUUGCUCUAAUGAAUUUGUGAAGACGAAUUUGAUUAACUUGUAUGGGAUCUCUGGCUAUGAUGGUAUUGGGUAUGCACGCCGAUUGUUUGAUGAAAUGAGUGAGAGAAAUGUUGUGAGUUGGAAUUCGUUGCUUGCAGGGUAUAUUAGGUGUGGGGAUGUUGAUGGUGCAAGGAAGCUUUUCGACGAGAUGCCAGAGAGGAAUGUUGUUUCGUGGACAACAAUGAUUGCAGGAUGUGCACAGAAUGGAAAGUGUAAGCAAGCUUUGUCUUUGUUUAGUGAGAUGCGGAGAGCACGUGUAGAACUGGAUCAGGUGGCAUUGCUAGCUGCUUUAUCAGCUUGUGCUGAAUUAGGUGACUUGAAGUUGGGAGAGUGGAUUCACUCAUACAUCGAAGAGAAGUUUAAUUUGCAAAGGCAGCCAUUAUUGGUGUCCUUGAACAACGCACUUGUACACAUGUAUGCCAGCUGUGGUGAGAUUGAGAAAGCUUAUGAAGUGUUUAGGAAAAUGCAGAAAAGAAAUACUGUUUCUUGGACAAGCAUGAUAACAGGAUUUGCAAAACAGGGCUUUGCACAAGAAGCUCUUUCUAUUUUCGAAUGGAUGCUAAGCUUAGGAGGGAAUGACAUCAGGCCUGAUGAAAUAACUUUCAUAGGAGUUCUCUGUGCAUGCAGCCAUGCUGGAUUUGUUGAUGAUGGACAAUAUUUUUUCACGCAAAUGAUUCAAAACUGGGGGAUUAAACCCAAGAUUGAGCACUAUGGCUGCUUGGUCGAUCUCUUGAGUCGUGCUGGUUUCUUGGAUGAAGCACUCAGUAUCAUUGAAACAAUGCCAGUAAAACCAAAUGAUGCUGUGUGGGGUGCACUACUUGGUGGUUGCAGAAUUCACAAGAAUGCCGAACUCGCCUCUCAAGUUGCUCAGGAACUGUCAUCUGAGCUUGACCCUGAACAUGCUGUGGGCUAUCUUGUUCUGUUGGCAAAUGUGUAUGCUACUGCUAAAAAGUGGCAAGAUGUUGCUAGUGUGAGACAGAAACUGAUUGAAAUGGGUGUGAGGAAGCCUCCUGGACGGAGCUGGGGGCUGGGUUCGAACCCCAACCCUGGGGAGGGGGAAUGCGAGGGGAAUGCACCAUGGGUGGCUAUUGCCACUUGGCCCGAAGGGUUCGGUGCGAAUUAUCUGCUUUCCUUUGUUGGGAGGACAAGAACAAAAUGGAGUGGGAUUGGGAGAUGGGACAAGGUUCAGAAAGCUCUCAUGGUUACUGUAGGUAUUGCUUGCAGUUGCGGUUCACUUCUUGAGGCUACUUUCUUUGGACAUGGAAGCAAAGAAUGAUUCCUAACGUACAUCAUGCAUUUAACUUCACGGUCAGGGCUUCAUUAAAUACUUUUUUUUAUU